AUGCCAAUUCCACGUCUUUGUGUUUCUAUUGUUUCCUUAUGCAAACCGAAUGCCAAUUCCACGUCUUUGUUUGUUCUGUUAUUUUCUUAUGCAAACCAAAAUGCCAAUUCCACGUCUUUGUGUUUCUGUUAUCUCCUUUAUGCAAACCGAAUGCCAAUUCAACGUCUUUGUGUUUCUGGUGUCUUCUUAUGCAAACCGAAUGCCAAUUCCACGUCUUUACGUUUCUGUUGUUUCAUUAUGAAAACCGAAUGCCAAUUCCACGUCUUUGUGUUUCUGUUAUUUCCUUAUGCAAACCGAAUGCCAAUUCCACGUCUUUGUGUUUCUGGUGUCUCCUUAUGCAAACCGAAUGCCAAUUCCACGUCUUUGUGUUUCUGUUGUUUCCUUAUGCAAACCGAAUGCCAAUUCCACGUCUUUGUGUUUCUGUUAUUUCCUUAUGCAAACCGAAUGCCAAUUCCACGUCUUUGUGUUUCUGUUAUUUACUUAUGCAAACAGAAUGCCAAUUCCACGUCUUUGUUCUUUAUUUCUGUUAAUUUCCACUCUUAUGUUUCAAAAACCGAAUGCCAAUUCCGUGUCUUUUUCUGUUUGUGUUAUUUCCUUUUGCAAACCGAAUGCCAAUUCCACGUCUUUGUGUUUCUGUUAUUUCCUUAUGCAAACCGAAUGCCAAUUCCAAUGUCUUUCAGUUUUUGUUUGUUUCCUUAUGCAAACCGAAUGCCAAAUCCACGUAUUUGUGUUUCUGGUGUCUCCUUAUGCAAACCGAAUGCCAAUUCCAAGUCUUUGUCUUUCUAUUAUUUCCUUUUAUUUGUAAACCGAAUGCCAAUUCCACGUCAUUGUGUUUCUGGUGUCUACUUAUGCAAACUGAAUGCCAAUUCCAUGUCUUUGUGUUUGAUGACUCCUUAUUGCAAACCGAAUGCCAAUUCCACGUCUUUGUAUUUCUGUUGUUUUACUUAUGCAAACCGAAUGCCAAUUCCACGUCUUUGUGUUUCUGUUAUUUCCUUAUGCAAACCGAAUGCCAAUUCCACGUCUUUUUGUUUCUGUUAUCUCCUUAUGCAAACUGAAUGCAAAUUCCACGUCUUUGAGUUUCUGUUAUUUCCUGAUGCAAACCGAAUGCCAAUUCCACGUCCUUCAGUUUGCGUUAUUUCCUCAUGCAAACCGAAUGUCAAUUCCACGUCUUUGUGUUUCUGGUGUCCUCUUGCAAACCGAAUGCCAAUUCCACGUUUUGUGUUUCUUAGGUUACUUUAUGCAAACCGAAUGCCAAUUCCACGUCAUUGUGUUUCUGGUGUCUCCUUAUGCUCACCGAAUGCCAAUUCCACUUCUUUGUGUUUCUGUUAUUUUCCUUAUGCAAAACCGAAUGCCAAUUCCACGUCUUUGUUUUCUUUUAUUUACUUAUGCAAACCGAAUGCCAAUUCCACGUCUUUGUGUUUCUGUUAUUUUUUUAUGCAAACCGAAUGCCAAUUCCAUGUCUUUGUGUUUCUGUUAUUUCCUUAUGCAAACCGAAUUUGCCAAUUCCAAACGUCUUUGUUUUCUGUUGUUUCCUUAUGCAAACCGAAUGCCAAUUCCACGUCUUUGUGUUUCUGUUAUCUCCUUUUUGCAAACCGAAUGCCAAUUCCACGUCUUUGUGUUUCUGUUGUUCCUUAUGCAAACCGAAUGCCAAUUCCACGUCUUUUUGUUUCUGUUGUUUCCUUAUAUGCAAACCGAAUGCCAAUUCCAAACCGAAUGCCAAUUUGUGUUUGUGUUUCUUUCUCCUUAUGCAAACCGAAUGCCAAUUCACGUCUUUGUGUUUUCUGUUAUUUCCUUAUGCAAACCGAAUGCCAAUUCCACGUCUUUGUGUUUCUUUAUUUCCUUAUGCAAACCGAAUGCCAAUUCCACGUCUUUGUGUUUCUGUUAUUUCCUUAUGCAAACCGAAUGCCAAUUCCACGUCUUUUGUGUUUCUGUUAUUUCCUUAUGCAAACCGAAUGCCAAUUCCACGUCUUUGUGUUUCUAUUGUCUUUAUUAUGCAAACCGAAUGCCAAUUCCACGUCUUUGUGUUUGUUGUCUCCUUAUGCAAACCGAAUGCCAAUUCCACGUCUUUGUGUUUCUGUUAUUUCCUUAUGCAAACCAAAUGCCAAUUCCACGUCUUUGUGUUUCUGUUAUUUCCUCAUGCAAACCGAAUGCCAAUUCCACUUCUUUGUGUUUCUUAUUUCCUUCUUUCAAACUGUUUCGUUAUUUGUGUUUUGUUACCGAAUGCCAAUUCCAAGUCUUUGUCUUUUCUGUUAUUUCCUUAUGCAAACCGAAUGCCAAUUCCACGUCAUUGUGUUUCUGGUGUCUUCUUAUGCAAACCGAAUGCCAAUUCCACGUCUUUGUGUUUCUGUUAUUUCCUUAUGCAAACCGAAUGCCAAUUCCACGUCUUUGUGUUUCUGGUGUCUCCUUAUGCAAAAACCGAAUGCCAAUUCCACGUCUUUUGUGUUUCUAUUGUUUCCUUAUGCAAACCGAAUGCCAAUUCCACGUCUUUGUCUUUCUGUUUCUUAUGCAAACCAAAUUUCCGUCUUUGUGUUUCAAAACUCCUUAAAUGCCAAUUCCACGUCUUUGUGUUUCUGUUAUUUCCUUAUGCAAACCGAAUGCCAAUUCCACGUCUUUGUGUUUCUGUUGUCUUCUUAUGCAAACCGAAUGCCAAUUCCACGUCUUUGUGUUUCUGUUGUUUCCUUAUGCAAACCGAAUGCCAAUUCCACGUCUUUGUGUUUCUGUUAUUUCCUUAUGCAAACCGAAUGCCAAUUCCACGUCUUUGUGUUUCUGUUGUCUCCUUAUGCAAACCGAAUGCCAAUUCCACGUCUUUGUGUUUCUGUUGUUUCCUUAAACCAAAUGCAAACCGAAUGCCAAUUCCAAACCGAAUCCAAUUCCACGUCUUUGUGUUUCUGUUGUUUUAUGCAAACCGAAUGCCAAUUCCACGUCUUUGUGUUUCUGUUAUUUACUUAUGCAAACCGAAUGCCAAUUCCACGUCUUUGUGUUUUUGUUGUUUCCUUAUGCAAACCGAAUGCCAAUUCCACGUCUUUGUCUUUUCUGUUAUCUCUUUUAUGCAAAACCGAAUGCCAAUUCCACGUCUUUGUGUUUCUGGUGUUUCCUUAUGCAAACCGAAUGCCAAUUCCACGUCUUUGUGUUUCUGUUGUUUCCUUAUGGAAACCGAAUGCCAAUUCCACGUCUUUGUGUUUCUGGUGUCUCCUUAUGCAAACCGAAUGCCAAUUCCACGUCUUUGUGUUUCUGUUGUCUCCUUAUGCAAACCGAAUGCCAAUUCCACGUCUUUGUGUUUCUGUUGUUUUCUUAUGCAAACCGAAUGCCAAUUCCACGUCUUUGUGUUUCUUAUUUCCUUAUGCAAACCGAAUGCCAAUUCCACGUCUUUGUGUUUCUGGUGUCAAACCGAAUGCCAAUUCCACGUCUUUGUGUUUCUGUUAUUUCCUUAUGCAAACCGAAUGCCAAUUCCACGUCUUUGUGUUUCUGUUAUUUCCUGAUAAACCGAAUGCCAAUUCCAUGUCUUUGUGUUUCUGUUAUCUCCUUUAUGCAAACCGAAUGCCAAUUCCACGUCUUUUGUUUCUGUUAUUUCUUCUUAUGCAAACCGAAUGCCAAUUCCACGUCUUUGUGUUUCUGUUAUUUUCCUUCAUGCAAACCGAAUGCCAAUUCCAAGUCUUUGUGUUUCUGUUAUAUUUGUAA